UUCCCUCUAUCAUUGGAUUCUUCCGCUUGAUCUCCGCGAAGAAGCCAAACGAUGGCGUCGAAGGUCGGCCGUCUCCUCGUCUCCGCCGCCUCGCUCCUCCUCCUCCUCCUCGUCGCGCCGCUAGCCGCCGCCACCGACGUUGAUUACUGCAAAAAGGGAGCUGACUAUCCAGUGACGGUCAGUGGAAUUGAAAUCUUUCCUUAUCCAAUUGCUCGGGGCAUGCCAGCGACAUUCAAUAUCUCAGCAAGCACUGGAGAUGAAAUAUCAGAAGGAAAGUUGAUAAUUGAUGUCAAGUAUUUUGGAUUUCAUGUUCACCAAGAAACUCAUGAUCUUUGCCAGGAGACAUCGUGCCCAGUCUCAACUGGUGACUUUGUACUAUCUCAUCAGCAGACUCUACCAUCAUUUACGCCACCAGGUUCAUACACACUUACAAUGAAGCUGACUGGAGAGCAAGGAAAACAACUGACAUGCAUCGUUUUCGAUUUCAGCAUUGGAUUUGCAUCUGUGGCUGAUAGCUGAAUGUAAUCCAAAUUUACAUAAGGUGGUGUGUUCUUUUGUCUAUAAUACUACAGCACUCAGAACCAUAGUUCCUCCAAGGAAUCAACCCAAAUCUGGCAUGUAUCUAGAACAUCCAUCUGAAGACUCUCCUCCAUAAAUAAACUGUUUAUAUUUUAUGGUU